AAUCAUCGUAGAGACGACUGGCUCAUCAACGGCGGACUGAUCCAACCUGAUUCGUAGAGUCGCUUCAGGUGUCGACUCGCAGGCGUCGGCUCGCAGGUCUCUUGAUUCGCGGGUCGCCCCUCGUGGGUGGAUUUGCUUCCGGCACGGGAUAUAGGGAUAUAAUAGGGCGGUGUCUCCCGCUUCAAUUGAGACCUUUCUCCUCAAUCAAUGCUUUCCUCUUCGAUUCAAUCGACGCUGCCGUCUCAUCGCUCCUUGUUCUGCUGCUCUGCUCCGCUGGUUUCACCGCUUCACUCCUUGCACUCGUCAACAUACACCGUACAUACUCGCAUGUACUCGCGACCAACACGUCGCACCACGCUCCUUAUGAUCACUUCGUGCUCCCCAGAGCACAUCACACACACACACCACCUGCAUCGUCAGCCUCGACCUCGUCGACGCUCACACGAUGCCACUGUUCUCUCCGCUAGCUCAGCUAGUAUCGUGGAUGGCCCUCUCCACGCCCACCCGUCAAGGAGCCGCUGCACCCGACCAGCGCGACGAGGCCAGCAACGACUCGGGUGACUCCUUCGUCCUGCCGGGCAGCUACAUAGCGCAGGCAGAGCAGCAGCAACGUCCUUCCUCGACGCCCACUAGGGGGGGACUACCAUCGCAGCAGGAGGCAUCGCAGCAUCAGGCUCAACCGCGCGUUCGAGCAGCACGCUUCAGCCCUCCCUCGCCAAACGUGCUGGCUUUCUUCGGGCGCAAGCCCAAAGCUGCCGCAGAUGAGACCCUGCCCGGCCUCAACCUCAACAAGGUCGGGCACAAGCAGCAGGAGCAGCAGCAGGAGCAGCAGCAAGCCAAGGUGAUCAAGGCCCCAAUCACCAGGCGCGCAGCAUCGGGUCCGCGACGGGCAAUCGCACAAGGCGCGCUAGGUUCCCUGGCAGCACGCGCUCAUGUGCAAGACAAGGAGAACGCCGCUCUUCUCCCUCGUCCUCCUCCUCGUCAUCGCCCGCUCUCCUCUCGCCUCGUCAACUCGGUUGCUCCCUCUCGCUCGGUCAAGGUCACCAACACCACGGCCACGGACUACGAAGGAGACGUGACGGCUCGCCCUCGCCUCUCCCCACCUCCUGCAUCGCCCCUCGGAUGCACCGUGGUACCUGCCUCGACCUCGUCCUCGUCAACGGCAGCGACGCCACCACCUGCGGCUUCGACCCCUCUGCGCGGUGCUGGACCAAGGCGCCUCCGCAAGAUGAAGUCUCCUCCUGCCCUGCUGCUCCCCAUGGAGGCUGUGAGGGCGGCAUCAUCGAGCGCUGCGCCCAUGGCGUCGACACCUCAGCGCCCGACUGCCCGCAAGAUGGUCCGCAUCGCGUCGCCUCCGGCCCUCUUCUCGUCGCCCCCGGCCCUCUUCUCGUCACCAGCAGCAAGCAGGGUCGCGCUCUCCCCUCCGCAAGUCGAGGACGUUGGGGAUGCAACAAUCGUGGGCCUCGACGACGAUGAGGAAGAGGAAGAGGAGGUCAGCAACGCCGAGGUUGCGCUCAUGGCUCCGCAGCUGGCCCUCCUCAAGCACCGCCCUGCCCAUGCCACCAGUGAGAACAGGCCGGCGAGCCUCCACCUCCCGUCCUUCGGUCUCCCUCACUGCGUGGUGGUGAGAAAGGCGGACUUCAAGGGCAAGGGCAAGUCCAAGGCCCCCUCGAGGUCCCACCGUCCGCUGGCAACCGUCGCCUCGUCCUCCGCUCGCUCCUCUCCGCGCCCGUCCUCCUCUCAAGCUGCGGCGCCUCAAUCGCGUCCCCCGGUGGCCAAGGCGUUCCAGCAGCUGGGGGUGCCGACCUCUUCCUCCUCCUCCUCCUCCCGCCGCGGCUCACCCGCACAAGCUUGGAACCCGGGCAAGACCAUUCGCCUCGGGGCUUCAGUCAGGGAGAGGGUCCGACAAAUGGAGAUCGUCGAGGAGUGCAGGAGAAAGGGUCUCUUCAUGGCCAUGGAGUGCGACACCGCCUCAUCCUCCUCCAUCGCCUUCCGCCCGGCCUCCCCUACCUCGCCACCAGUCUGGAGCCCUCGCCAGUCAGUCAGGGCAGGAGCGUCGCAGGGAGUCAGGGACGUCACCAUGGCAAGCAUCGCGCCCUCUGCCACUUCGGUCCCAGCUGCUGCUCCCCGCCUCAUCAUCACUCCGAGCCCGCCCGCUGCUCAACCUCAGCUGGCAAUGACCCCGGAGAGCUCGACUGGAGGACAAGGCGACGACUCGGCCUCGGCGUUCUGGAUGGACCGAGCAGCAGCGCCAGCCCCGGCCGCAGCCCCAGCUCCCGCCCAGCCCAUCAGCGCGGUCACCCCUCCAAGCGCCCGCUGCCCAGCACCAGCAGCACUCGCCAGCCCGGAGAGCUCAGUGGACGAGCAGGAGGACGACUCGGCCUCGGCGUUUUGGCUCAGCAGGGCCGAGCCAGCUGCACCCGCCCCGCCCAUCACCACCACCCCGCCUGGCACCCCUGGCAUCCACGGAGGACUGGAGGAGACGGAGGAGAGCGCCGCAGCAUCAGCCGGCACGGUCGCGCCCUCCUUGGCACCUGCCGCGGUCUCACAGGCGGCUCAAGCCAGCAGCAGCAGCAGCAGCAGCAGCAGCAGCACCAUCACCACCGGCGCCGUCGAUCAUGACGAGAGCGAGAGCGCCUUCCCCUCCUCAUCAGCCUCGCCCCGCGUCAGCACCGCCGUUGGCCGCCUUCGUGCCGAGGACAGGGAGCGCCGACUCAAGGUCAAGGAGGCGGGACGCAGGCGCAUGGCGGAGAUGGAGAGGGCAAUCGCGCUGCGCCGCCAACGAGUGGGUGCCCCUCGCGAGCAGCAGCCGCAGGCACUGGUGGGCGCAGCCGUGCAGGGCAACGAGCCGGAGCGCAGGGAGGAGCAGGGCCGCCAAGAUGGUGAGCUACGCCGAGUUGCUGGGGCAACGAAGCGUAAGCGCGCCAUCGAGGAGGCGGUGGAGGGAGAGGAGCCGGUGAGGAAGUGGGCGCGCUUGGAGGGUGAGGAGGGGGAAGAGGAGGAGGAGGAGGAGAGGGCGAUGUCCACAGCGGACGACGAGAGCAGCAGCGCCUUGGGCAAGCCUGUCUGCUACGUCUGCGGAUUGUGGAGGGAGGUCGACUCAGAUGGCGACACCAUCAUGGCCCUCGCAGGCCCGUGCACCUGCCGUUGAGCCGGCACGCCAUCGCCGUCGUCACCAUCGCCGAGGGAGGGGG